AUGCCCCCCGCCAUAGCCUCUGUGUCCUGGCUGACCCCUCCGACCAAUCCAGUGAGACCUGAGACUCACCCCUGCGUGCCUCUGUCUGUGGUUCUCCUGCCUCUGUCUGUGGUUUACCUGCCUCUGUCUGUGGUUUACCUGCCUCUGUCUGUGGUUUACCUGCCUCUGUCUGUGGUUCUCCUGCCUCUGUCUGUGGUUCUCCUGCCUCUGUCUGUGGUUUACCUGCCUCUGUCUGUGGUUUACCUGCCUCUGUCUGUGGUUUACCUGCCUCUGUCUGUGGUUCUCCUGCCUCUGUCUGUGGUUUACCUGCCUCUGUCUGUGGUUUACCUGCCUCUGUCUGUGGUUCUCCUGCCUCUGUCUGUGGUUUACCUGCCUCUGUCUGUGGUUCUCCUGCCUCUGUCUGUGGUUUACCUGCCUCUGUCUGUGGUUUACCUGCCUCUGUCUGUGGUUUACCUGCCUCUGUCUGUGGUUUACCUGCCUCUGUCUGUGGUUCUGCUGCCUCUGUCUGUGGUUCUCCUGCCUCUGUCUGUGGUUUACCUGCCUCUGUCUGUGGUUUACCUGCCUCUGUCUGUGGUUCUCCUGCCUCUGUCUGUGGUUCUCCUGCCUCUGUCUGUGGUUUACCUGCCUCUGUCUGUGGUUUACCUGCCUCUGUCUGUGGUUCUCCUGCCUCUGUCUGUGGUUUACCUGCCUCUGUCUGUGGUUUACCUGCCUCUGUCUGUGGUUUACCUGCCUCUGUCUGUGGUUCUCCUGCCUCUGUCUGUGGUUCUCCUGCCUCUGCCUGUGGUUCUCCUGCCUCUGUCUGUGGUUCACCUGCCUCUGUCUGUGGUUCACCUGCCUCUGUCUGUGGUUCUCCUGCCUCUGUCUGUGGUUUACCUGCCUCUGUCUGUGGUUUACCUGCCUCUGUCUGUGGUUUACCUGCCUCUGUCUGUGGUUCUCCUGCCUCUGUCUGUGGUUUACCUGCCUCUGUCUGUGGUUCUCCUGCCUCUGUCUGUGGUUUACCUGCCUCUGUCUGUGGUUUACCUGCCUCUGUCUGUGGUUUACCUGCCUCUGUCUGUGGUUUACCUGCCUCUGUCUGUGGUUCUCCUGCCUCUGUCUGUGGUUUACCUGCCUCUGUCUGUGGUUUACCUGCCUCUGUCUGUGGUUCUCCUGCCUCUGUCUGUGGUUUACCUGCCUCUGUCUGUGGUUCUCCUGCCUCUGUCUGUGGUUCUCCUGCCUCUGUCUGUGGUUUACCUGCCUCUGUCUGUGGUUCUCCUGCCUCUGUCUGUGGUUUACCUGCCUCUGUCUGUGGUUUACCUGCCUCUGUCUGUGGUUCUCCUGCCUCUGUCUGUGGUUUACCUGCCUCUGUCUGUGGUUUACCUGCCUCUGUCUGUGGUUCUCCUGCCUCUGUCUGUGGUUUACCUGCCUCUGUCUGUGGUUUACCUGCCUCUGUCUGUGGUUUACCUGCCUCUGUCUGUGGUUCUCCUGCCUCUGUCUGUGGUUCUCCUGCCUCUGUCUGUGGUUCUCCUGCCUCUGUCUGUGGUUCUCCUGCCUCUGUCUGUGGUUCUCCUGCCUCUGUCUGUGGUUCUCCUGCCUCUGUCUGUGGUUUACCUGCCUCUGUCUGUGGUUCCUGCCUCUGUCUGUGGUUCUCUGCCUCUGUCUGUGGUUCUCCUGCCUCUGUCUGUGGUUUACCUGCCUCUGUCUGUGGUUUACCUGCCUCUGUCUGUGGUUCUCCUGCCUCUGUCUGUGGUUUACCUGCCUCUGUCUGUGGUUUACCUGCCUCUGUCUGUGGUUUACCUGCCUCUGCUUCGCAGAGAGGGCUACACGGUGCAGGUCAACGUCAACGACUACCUGGACAUCUACUGCCCGCAUUACAACAGCAGCCAGCGGGGGACGCUAGAGCGCACCAAGGCGGAGCAGUACAUCCUCUACAUGGUCAGUUACCGUGGAUACAAGUCAUGUGACCCGGGCCAGGGGUUCAAGCGCUGGGAGUGCAACCGGCCCUACGUGCCUCACGCUCCCAUCAAGUUCUCCGAGAAGUUCCAGCGAUACAGCGCCUUCUCCCUGGGAUACGAGUUCAACGUGGGCCAGUACUAUUACUACAUCUCCACGCCCACUCAUCACCACAGCCACAGCUGCCUGAGAAUGCGGGUGCUCGUCUGCUGCUCCUCCGGAGUUUCUCAGUCAGAUGAUGAUGAUGAAGACGAUGAUGACUCCAGUGAAACCUCUCCCGACUACACAGACCGGCCUCACAUCAAAAUACACAACCUCGACGAAUACAACCCUGAAGUCCCCAAACUGGAGAAGAGCGUGAGCGGCAGCAGUCCGUCCCGGGACCGCCUCCUCCUGACCACGGCGGCGCUCCUGCUGUCCUUGCUGCUGUUGUCCUAG